CCAUAAGGACGGGCUACAGCUGGCGCUGAACUUGUGGCAGCAGCGGAAGACACGGGGUGUUUGCGCGGAAAGAAAGAAGAACAUCAGCAACAAUGGAUCGGAUAAGGUCUGCGUUUAACAGCAUGAUUAAAAGUGAGCGGUACAGCAGGUUCACUCUGCAGCCGGCAGAAGACGGAGAAAGACACGUGGAGGUCAAACUGUCCGAUGAUGCCACAGAGGCCGAGGACGGGCAGGCGGGAGGCUCCCCGAGCUUCAGACCGGCACCACCCCAUCAAAGCCGACGCACCCUUUACUUCCUGAUCUUAGGAACUCUUCUGAUUUUUAUCACUGGCUACCUGGUCGGCUUCAUCAGUCACCGUAAACCUUAUGCAGCGACUGCGAGCUGUGACACACAGCUGGCAACAGAAAAUCUGACCAGAAAGACGCCGACUGCUGUCGCACCGACUGCUGUCGCACCGACUGCUGUCACUCCGGCUGUUAUUCCAGUAGCUCCAGCAGCUCAGAUGGACUGGGCGGACGUCGCCGAACUCCUCACGCAGAAACUCACAAGCCAGGCCUUCGACAAAACUCUGAGUGAGUUCGAUAAGCCGAAGCGUUCAGCAGGGAGCGAGGAAGAUAUGAGUCAAGGCAACCGCAUCUUCGCAGAUUUCAAGAAGCUGGAGAUGGAUCCAUGGACGGACAUCCACUACAUUCAACUGCAAAAGCCUGACAGCACUCGUCCAAACCGGGUCACCUUUGGUUCCGAUGUGUUUGAGCCAGCAGGAUAUCUGGCAUACAGUGCUACUGGGAAUGUUCAGGGGAAGCUGGUGUACGGCAACUACGGCCUUCAGAAGGAUCUUGAUUUCCUGCAGAAGCAGAACAUCGAGCUGAAAGGCAGCGUGGUGCUGCUGCGGGCGGGCAAAAUCAGUUUUGCAGAGCAGGUGGAUAACGCUGCUAAAAACGGAGCUUCUGCUGUUCUAAUCUACCCUGACAUUCAAGAUUUCAACUAUGUCGCAGAAACGGCACUCUAUGGACAUGUCCAUCUGGGUUCAGGAGACCCUUACACCCCUGGAUUUCCCUCCUUCAACCAGACACUGUUCCCUCCCACUCAGUCGUCCGGCCUUCCCAAAAUCCCGGCUCAGACUAUCACUGCAGGCAUGGCUUCAACUAUUCUACAGAGAAUCGGCGGACCUGUGGCAGAUGCAGGUUUUAAAGGAGGCUUUGAUGGGCUGACGUACAAACUAGGAGGCAGCGAGAACAUCACCGUCGAGGUGAACAACGUGCUCGUCAACACGGAGAUCCACAACGUGUUUGGAGUCAUCAAAGGAUUCACUGAUCCUGAUCGCUUCGUGGUUCUGGGAGCUCAGAGAGACGCCUGGGGUCGAGGUUACGCCAGAGCUGCAGUCGGCACCUCAGUGCUGCUGGAGCUGGCCAAGGCUGUUCACGAGAUGGUGGAGAAAGAUGGCUUCAGGCCUAGAAGGAGUCUGGUGUUUGCAAGCUGGAGUGCCGGGGAGUAUGGAAGUGUUGGCGCCACCGAGUGGUUGGAGGGCUACAUGUCCUCUAUUGACAAAAGCGUCUUGACCUACAUAAACCUGGAUGGAGUGGUCAUGGGUCGCGGGAGCUUUAUAGCUUCAGCAAGUCCGCUGCUCUACAGCCUGUUGGAGAGCACCAUGAAGCAGGUGAAGAGUCCUCUUGGUCCUAGCUCUGUGUUCGAUCUGGUGGGAAAAACUGCCUGGCAGGCUAAUGCACUGAGGCCGAUGUCAGCGGACGACUCUGCUUAUCCCUUCCUGGCUUUCUCUGGAAUCCCCUCCGUCUCCUUCCACUUCAUCUCCCCCAACACUGAGACCUACAUGUACUACGGCACCAACCUGGACAACCUAGACCACCUCAACUACCAGACCAGCCAUCGCACCGGUGAGAUGGCAGCUUCAGCGGCGCAGUUUGCCGGUCGGAUGGCGCUGAGACUCGUCCACGACCACCUGCUCAGACUGGACGUGAGCCAGUACAGCAAUGUCGUCACAAUGGCUGUGAAGCGGGUCGACAAUCGCAUCAACCAGCUCAAAAUGUCUGGUCAGCUGAAGGAAGUGAGUCCCUCCUGGUUGAGCGACGCCCGCGGCUCCUUCAAGCGAGCAGCUGAUGGCAUCAGUAACUCAAUCCAAAACACAGACUUAAGCGACAAGGAGGCCUGCCGGAUCCUCAACGAUAGGAUCAUGAGGGUUGAGCACACUCUCCUCUCUCCGUACGUGUCCCCCAUCGACGCCCCCUUCCGUCACAUCCUGCUGGGUCGGGGCUCCCACACUCUGGCGUCCAUCGCAGAGACCGACGACAUGGAGCAGCUGCACACCGAGCUGGCUCUGGCUACCUGGAGCCUGCAGGGAUGUGCCAACGCCAUGAUGGGAGACAUCUGGGACAUCGAUAACAGAAUCUAAAUGAAAAGGGACCGGGGAGUUAGGAGAGAGGGCGUUUUUAAAAGUGAAGUUAGAGGUGAGGUGUAGGGCAAGAAGGAGCUCCAAUGUUAGCACUUAAGCACAAGCUGUCAAUCAGAGGUCUAAGCCAUGCGCUUAAAAAAAACAACGGGCUUAUGAUGAGAUUAUUGGGGUCUUAAACUUGAAGAAAUCUAACGCUACUGACAAAGAAAUCAGGGGAUUUUAAGCCUCUGUUUUGACCUCUCGCCAGAAGAUCACUGAGAAACCUUAUUUAUACUUCAGUUUUUUAUCAGUGGCAGUGUCCACUAUAAAAAGUAUUGUUUUGUCUUUUUAUACGACGUUAUCGGAAGCAGUGCCUUCCAUAAUUAUGACGGUUAUACUGUCUCAUCCUACGGCAGCAUCUGCUAAAGAAAUGACUCCUCAACUGUUGCUGACAAAAGAAGCCCCUGAUGAAGUUACAUAUUUAUUUGUCACAGCCUUCAUUUCUUCCUUUCUAUGUGCAAGAUUGAUUCCAGGUGAAAAUAAUGAUUUAUCUACACGUACAAUAAGUAUGGAGAGAUGUCGGAGUUUAAUGGUCCUAAACAAAAUAAAUAUGAUUUAAAUGUUUCGAGCAGCCCCUAAAAGGGAUUAGCUGGGUAUCUCUGUCUUCAAUACGGUUAUGCAUCAAAAGGAAGAAAUGAAGAGUUGAAAAUAGUUUUUUUUUAUGAUCUAGUUUCAGUAAAGAUUUAAAUGUGUAAAAAAAAAAAAAUACACUAAAACUGAUCGCUUGCCUAAAUUCCUAAAUGGACCUUAAAAAAUAAUAUAUUUAAAGACCACAAAAGCCAGAGAUAAUUCACACAAGUUGUCUGGCUGGAUUUAUUCUGCGUUUAAUGGCUGGAUUAAUUUAAAAAAAAAUGCUGGAAUGCUGCUCAUCCAGAAACAAACAAAGCAUUGAUGAACCAUUUUUUAAACACACAAACUGAGGUAUUUGAAUCUAUCAUUUACAGAAAAGCCAUUGUUUUUGCACAGUCUACUUUGGAGCAGUUAUCCUAAUACGAUGAAGUUAUCGGGAGCAGUGCCUUCCAUAAUUUAAAAACCCAUUAUCGGGAGCAGUGCCUUCCAUAAUGACAAGCAGUGAUGGUAGUUUUUGCCUACCAGUGCAUGAGUGUGUGUAUGUGUGUGUGUGUGUGUGUGUAUUUAUCGGGAGCAGUGUCUCUCAUAUUUCACUCGAAGGGUGGAACAACUUAUCGGGGACAGUGUUUCCCAGAGUUUUAUACUUGGUGUAUAUAUUUGUUUUUUCUUGGUCUUUUUUUUUGGGAUUGUGUGCGUGUGAAGGCUCAGUACUGAGUACUAGUCCUGCAGCUCAACUUUCUGUUUCAGAAAUGUGGUACAUGUUUGCUCUGUUAGACUUGUUUCCAAACUUCUCCUUGUGUUUAGGGACUUUAAAAUGUACAACAGAUGCUUUACCUACAUAUCCACUCUUCAGAACAAGCCGUCUUUGCAUGUGUUUCACCUACGAAUUUACUCUUCACUGCAUGGUACCGUGUUGCUUUGGGAAGGUGCACAGAAAAAGACUUCAACAAAUGUGUUUUGUUAUUAAGAUUAAAACACAUUUAAUAGGUUAUUAUGAUUGGCCUAUUUCGUUCACAUAGAGGUUGCUCAGAUUACUAAAAGGCCUCUUAAACAAAAUGAUAGUAAAUGUAACUGAAAUAAAAUUCCUGAUCAUAAGCCAAAAGGCGCUUACUUUACAGUGCAGGAACUAAACAAACCUUGUUGUAAUUUAAAGCAAGUAAACGUUGUGCUCAAAAGACUAACAUCGGUCUGUUCUGGACAAAGAAUCCUGUUACAUCUCUUUUAACAUUUACUCAACGAUGUCACGUUUGACGGUUUGCUUUCUGGUGUUUCUUCACCUCCUCUGUUGCAACAAUCUUUGAUGAAACUGUGUGUUCAGGAAAUAGCUUUACUCUGUAACUGAAAUACUGUACGAGAUGUCGAACUACUGACUUUCAACACACUCCUUGAUAUGAUGUCUGUACUUGGAAAAUUAAGUUCUGUUUCUGUUGUCUCUGAUUUCAGCAGAAAAGAGUAAUACAACCUUAUUGCUUAGCAUUCAGUA